UCUCAUCGUCAAUGUUGGGGUGUAUUUUCUUUGAAUAUACUAUUCAGUGGAGUUUCUCAUCGCAUUCAGGCUAGUCAUCUUAGAGUGGGGAUUAUUGUGUGUGCGGGAAAAAUCAUUAAAAAAAAAAUUAUAAUAAAUUGAAUGAAAUAGAAAAUUUGUGUCUUUAAAAAGAAAAAGAGUUUGCAUUUUCACUUAGAAAAUAAACUAAAAAAAUAAAACCAUAAACCAGUGCAGAAUAUUUUGGUGAAAUCUUGUUAUUUUUUUAAUUAGUUAGAUAAAAAUAUUAAACGCUGUUUUGUUUGUCAAUAGUAAAUAUACUUUUUGAGAACUAAAAAAAAAAAAACUAUACUAAAAUGUCAUCGAGUCCAAAGCCAGUAAAGAAGGUCCCAAUUCAUUUACAGAGUGCUCAAAAUCGUGUUUAUAUAAAAAAUGGCCAAGUCGUUAAUCAUGAUAAGACUUUUAAAGCUGAUGUUUACAUCGAAGAUGGAAUUAUCAAGUUUGUUGGUCCCGCUUCAGAAAUCGGGGUACCCGGCGGAGUUAAGACAAUUGAUGCUACUGGAAAGUUAAUUAUUCCUGGUGGCAUUGAUCCACACACUCACUUCCAAUUAAAAUUCGGCGGCACUGUUUCUGUCGAUGAUUUUUACCAUGGAACUAAAGCAGCUGUUGCCGGUGGCACAACCACUAUAAUUGACUUCGUUCUACCCGAUAAAGGAGAGUCCCUUGUUGAAGCAUACGAUAAGUGGCGUGCUUGGGCCGAUCCUAAAGUGUGCUGUGAUUAUGGUCUUCAUAUGGGCAUUACAUGGUGGUCGAAAUCGGUUUCCGACGAAAUGAAAAUCAUGUGCGAUGAAUUGGGUGUGAAUUCUUUUAAAAUGUUUAUGGCUUAUAAGGGAUUGUAUCAAUUAAACGAUACGGAAUUAUUAGAAACUUUUGAGAGAAUUCGUUCGUUGGGAGCCGUUGCACAAGUUCAUGCUGAAAAUGGAGAUAUCAUUGCAAAAAAUGUUACGAAACUUCUUUCAGCUGGUGUUACCGGUCCUGAAGGACACGAACUUUCUCGACAAGAGGAAGUUGAAGCUGAAGCUGUCAAUCGUGCCUGUAUUUUAGCUCAUCAGGCUGAUUGUCCACUGUACGUAGUGCAUGUGAUGAGUAAAUCUGCUGGCAUUGAGCUUGCCCGUGCCAGAUUCCGUUAUAAAAAUCGUGGAAUCUAUGGCGAAACAUUGGCAGCAGCUCUUGGUACAAAUGGGACACAUUGUUUAAAUGAAUGUUGGCAUCAUGCAGCGGCUCAUAUAUUAAGUCCGCCAUUACGUCCAGAUCCUACAACGCCAGAAUUCAUGAUGCAACUAUUGGCAAAUGAUGACCUACAAACAACAGGCAGCGACAAUUGCACUUUCAACAAGAGCCAAAAAGAAAUUGGUAUGGGGAAUUUCUCCAAAAUUCCAAACGGUGUCAAUGGCGUUGAAGAUCGUAUGUCGAUUGUUUGGGAAAAAGGUGUUCAUGCUGGUCUUCUGGAUCCUUGCCGUUUUGUCGCUGUUACUAGUACGAAUGCAGCUAAAAUCUUUAAUAUGUAUCCUCAGAAAGGUCGCAUUGCUGCUGGUUCAGAUGCUGAUGUAGUCAUCUGGGAUCCAAAUAUGACACGUAAAAUUUCCAAAGACACCCAUCACCAUGCAUGUGAUUUUAAUAUAUUCGAAGGCAUGGUUUGCCAUGGAGUUCCUGAAGUGGUCAUUGUUCGUGGUCGUAUUUGUGUAGAAAAUGAUAAUGUUCGUGUUGCUGAAGGUUAUGGAAAAUUCGUCCCCUGUGAAGUACGUCCCGCUUUUGUCUAUGACGCUCUUGAGGGUAAAGUUAAACCGGAAGAAGUAGUCAAUCAUGAAGAAGAAAUGAUUAAUGGAUCUAAAAAGCUUAAUCUUUGUGAUGCAUUGGAAAUCGAAAUUCCAUACCAGGAACCUAUAACUAGGGCCCUAUUGUCUGGUAAUGCUUGCAUGCCCGGUGCUGGUGAGGGUUCAUUGGCCAGUACUCCUUCAUGUCGAGGACAUCGAAUCGAUGGGCAGAGAAAUAUGCAAGAGUCUACAUUCUCUAUCAGUGAGGAGUUGGAUAGGAGUGGAAAUCGGUCUUGCAUCAAAGUUCGAAACCCUCCAGGCGGAAAAUCUUCGGGUUUCUGGUAAAAUACAACAUUCAUAAGACACCGCACAACUUAGCAAUCUAGAAGCUUCUUUGAUUCGUAUUUAUAAAAUUUAAAUUAAUUUAUUAUUAUUUAUUAACUUAAAUAAAUUGUAUCAACCAAAAAUAUAAUAAUUAUUAUAAUAAAGUAUAUAUUAAAAA